AUGUUCGAUUAUGCCGCGCCGCGCAGCAUACGGGCCGAGCCGGCUCCCAACCAAUCCUCCGAGGCAGAUGCUGCCCUGCGUGUGUCUCCUCUAUACGUCCCGAUGGAGUACGUGGACGCCGCAGCAGAGGCAUUUGUCAACGACCCAUCUCAGCGAGCAUCCUUGCCAAAAACGCUCAUGCACCGAAUAUUGACCUGGGUCCGUUCGGAUUUCGACGUAAACGGCUGGCUCGACAUCUACCCGCUGCACGUCCUGAGCGAAGAGCAGCUGCAGAAACUCUUUCGACAUGCCGGGCGCGAUGCACAAGCUCGCCGCAUGCUCGAUAUCGGUGCCGGCGUCGGCGGCGUUACCAAAUCAGUCGAGAAGAUGCUGUCAUGCGAGGUUGUGUGCACUGAGAUGUCGCCUGCGAUGGCGGCGCGCCUGCGCGACCGGCACGGGUUCAGCGCUGUGUGGGAAGAGGACGUCUCUGACACGUGGCGCCAGCGGCUGGACGCCGGCCAGGGAAACUUUGAUAUGGUCAUGAUGCUCAACGUACUUGACCGAACCUCCGCGCCCCACGAGCUGUUGCGCGCAGCGAGAGAGCUCCUCUCGCCCGGCGGCGUCGCCCUCAUCUGCUCUCCACUGCCCUUCAAGCCCAUCUACUACGCAGAGGGCUUCCGCUUCUUCUCGACGCCCGUCAAGCGGCCGCAGCACAACCUCAUGGCCGAGUGCGGCGGCCGCGACUUCGUGACACAAGCGACUCACUUUGUGGACUCGGUCCUGCCGUCGCACGGCUUUGAACCCCUCGCCUUCACGCGCCUGCCCUAUAUCAGCGCCGGCGACGCCUUCUCGUCCUACCUCGCUCUCGAGAGCGUUGUUGUGCUAGUGCAGCGAUCAAAACAGUUCAGCCCACCCGAGGUGUCGUCAAGCGGGAAGGAGGGUUGUGAAACGUGA